UGGGGCGGGUGUGGGAGGUGUGGGCGGGGAGGCACAAGUGGCGGCAGCGGUGGCGGCGCGGGGCAGCAGCAGCAGCGGGAGGCGGCGGGAGGCGGGAGGCGGUGGCGGCGGGGUCGGGCUGGCUGCCGCUGCCGCCGCUCAGUGUCACUGGUGAGGUCGUCCCGGGAACCGCGCGCCAGUGUAGCCGUGGAGAGUGGCGGCACGUGCUGUGUUAGUGGUGUGCGGCAGCCGUGUGAGGCGUUACUGGGCAGCGCGAGGACAGCAGGGGUCUCGCCGCAAGCUGCCGGCGCGGGGGAAGGGCUAAGCUCCUCGGGGGUGUUGGUUGGGCGGCCGUGUUUACAUGAUGACGGUGGCGGAGGCGGAGUUGGUGAGGCGGGCUGCGGAGAAGGGACGGAGCGCGUCAUUCUGCGCUCCCUCCCAGCCGCUGUCCGCCCUCCACGCCGCGCACUCCUCCUCGGAUAUCACGAUGGAUGCCCGUGCCCACGCCGCGGCCCUCGUGCAGGGGGCGCAGCAGCAGACACAGCAGGCACAGCAGCAGCAGGCGUCGUCCAGCCCGCGGACGCGGCUCAAGGCCACCCACGCCACGCGCCGCUCCCAGUCCUGCCGCGUGCAGGGCUCCAGGCCGCCCCGCGUGCGGCGGCAGGAGUCGCCGCGGACCUCCGAGCCGCAAUUGGAGCUGGACGACGACGCCAACGCUGCCUUUACCCGCGCCACGCAGGAGGACGCCUCCUACAACCCCUUCCUGCGCAAGGUUCCCUCCUGCGGCCGCCUGGUAACCCUGACCCCUGACGGCGGCAGCGGCGAGGACGUCGACAGCUCACCUGUGCUCCGCCGCUCGGCCUCCGCGCGCCGCCCCACCACGCGCCCGCCCACCGCCUCGUCCCCCAACCACUCGCCCACGCCCACGCGUGUCACCCGUCCACCCCAGAACGCCCGUCAGGCGGGCAAGAAGACCCAGGCGCUGGUGAGCCGCGGGUCCCGCCGCAGCGCCACCGGCGCCGCGGGCUACCUCGAGGUGAAGCCCUCGGGCUCCAACGAGGGACUCGACCCGGACUCUUACCUGCUGAGGAACUUCUCCACCACCACCAAAGGUACGUGGCGGCUAAUUGGGCAGGUGAGAGGCGUUGGCAGGUGUUGUUCCCGGGACUGUCAGGUAAAGCAAACACGUCCAAACAAAAAGCAAACAGCCAUCCCGCCUCACACGCGCAUCUUCGUUAAACAGACAGAAGUAAACACCCGCAGCGACUUGCGUGGAGAAUGUAAACAAGGGAAACUGAAGUAAACGCAAAGUAAACAA